AUGGACACCGUCAGAGCCAGGAGGAUGAUCUGGGAGAAGGAGCUGAGAGGCGGCGACCUCGAAGAUCAAGAAGGAGAAGAUGGAGGAGGGAACCAUCGGAACACGAAGAGGAGUUCGGCGACGGUGACCAUGACCAUGGAGGGCAGGGUCGACGCCGAAGAAAGAAGCCCUGAACAAGGCGACUUCGAUCUCGGAAACUCGGAACAAAAGAAGGCAAUGAAGAAAAGAAACACGGAACUUGUUCGUGUGUGGGCGGCCGAUUUCCUUUGUGCGGUGGCUACGGCUACUGACAGGGGUACCAGGGAUUUCGGUGUGGGAAGUGAGGGAAUUCGGCUGCGUGUGUGUGAGCAGGGAGAGGGUUGGGGCGGCUUAGGCGGCCUGUCAGGGGUUACGGGGGUUACAACGGGGAAGCGGCACAGGGGAGAGGGCAGUGAGAAUAUGCACGGGGAGUGCGGAACCGACUUCGUUUUGCGUUGGGCGAGACGCUGGGAUACGAUGGGAUGGGAAGAUUGGUUUUCUCGUCCUUAUGGGAGUGAACUUCUCCCAUGGCUCACGGGGACACGAAAGGGUUAUGGAAAUACCCAAGGGGGGGGCUCUCAACCGCAAGGCAUGGUGGGUGCCGAUCCCUCUGCUCUUCAACGGGUCCAGGGAGACUGGCCGCUGGACCGGCCACACCAAGGACCGAUUCUAGAUCGAUUUACGGCCUUCCCCGUAUCGGUUUUGGCCAUCUUGCGGCAUGCGACGGAUCAGCUUUCGAUACGCCUCCGGAUUCCGUCUAAAAAUUCCUCAGGACUUCCCCGAGGCCGGCUAACGGUCGCCACCGAACCACCCACGCCAAUGCAGAACGGUGGGUGGGGGGGCACAUCAGCCAUCCCCGAUCUCACGGGGUGCCGGCGCUAA